GACCGUCACGGCCCUUCCAAAACCAACUCACUGUCCGUUAAGACGCCUCGUCCCCGUUCCCAUUCUCAUCCUUCUCCGCUAACGUCGUCGUUCCCGAACCCUAACUUUAACGUCCUCUAAUGGCCUCCUGUGACGACUACUCUCUCCUCGAUGACGACGACGACGACCACCACCAAUCUAACCCUAACCAUCCCCAAAUCCCAGCCUCUCAUCACCUCCACCAAACCUACGCGCCCCACCGCUUCGCAACCAGAUCCAAUCCUGUCCACGGGCCGCCACCACCGUCCCAAUCGAUCAUCUCUCCCUCCGCCGCCAGCCCGCAGAAGAUCAGCGGCGCCGAAGAAGAAGAAGAAGAGAACGACGGAGAAGACUACAACGACGCCGCUUUCUGUUCCAACCCUUACGACAAUGGAACCGAUCCGAAUAGGGUUAGAAUUGUCGAUCUGCGGAGCGAGAAGAGGAAGGACCGUGAGGAGCUCAGCGACGGAGCUACCAAUUACGGCUAUAACAACAACAAAAAAUCAAAGCCCUCCGGCGGUGCCGGUACUUCCGGAGGCGGAGAUUACCGGAAGGACAGGGAGGAGUGGAGCGACGCGGCGAUCGCUUGUCUGCUCGACGCGUACACGGAGAAGUUUACGCAGCUGAACCGCGGGAAUCUGCGAGGAAGGGACUGGGAGGAGGUGGCGGCGACGGUGAGUGAGAGGUGCGAGAAGCAGACCAAGAGCGUGGAACAGUGCAAGAACAAAGUAGACAAUUUGAAGAAGCGGUACAAGCUGGAGCGCCAGAGAAUGACCAAUGGCGGCCUUUCUGUGAGCCAUUGGCCGUGGUUCAAGCAAAUGGAGCACAUUGUUGGCAAUUCGCUGCCGGUAAAGGCUUUGACUGACGACGAUAAAGGCGGUGGUUCUUCCGCAAGCACGCCUAGGCAGACGAAGAGAUCAACAAUUGCAAUGCCUGGUCCUGUAGGUCAGGUAAACAAUGUCAAACCAAAAUCAAUAUCAAACCCUAGAUGGCGGAGAGUAGUCUUCAAAGUUAGUGGUGUUGCUCUUGCUGGGAGUGGCCCUAACAAUAUUGACCCGAAGGUAGUAAUGUUGAUUGCCAGAGAAGUUGCAAUGGCUUGCCGCCUUGGUGUAGAGGUGGCAAUUGUUGUUGGAGGUCGUAACUUCUUUUGUGGAGAUACGUGGGUCACCUCUACAGGUUUAGAACGAUGUACUGCGUACCAAAUCGGUAUGAUGGCAACGGUGAUGAAUUCCGUACUGCUCCAGUCAGCAUUAGAGAAGAUGGGAGUUCAGACACGUGUGCAAACUGCAUUUUCAAUGCUGGAGGUUGCUGAACCAUACAGUAGGCAACGGGCCAUCCGACAUCUGGAAAAAGGCAGAGUAGUAAUUUUUGGUGGUAUUGGUGCUGGUUUUGGAAAUCCACUCUUUUCCACCGACACAGCUGCUGCUGUUCGAGCUUUGGAGAUUCAUGCAGAGGCAGUCCUCAAGGGUACCAAUGUAGAUGGUGUGUAUGACUGUACCUCUCGAGACAACAAUUUUACAUUCGAGCACAUAUCUUUCAGGGAUCUGGCCUCCAGAGGUGCCACGUCCAUGGACACAAUGGCACUGAACUACUGUGAAGAGAACAGCAUUCCUGUUGUGGUCUUUAAUCUUCUUGAGCCUGGCAACAUCUCCAAAGCGCUAUGUGGAGAGCAAGUUGGUACACUGAUUGAUCAAACUGGAAGGAUUAGCUAAUAUCCAUGAAACUCUGACCUGAUAAAUUGCCAGGUCAUGUUACCUACGAUGCAAUCUCAAGUGAGUUGACCCUUGAAACACUUACUGGGCACUUGAAUUCAGCUGCCGGCUACUAUUUGUGGAGGCUUGGAUGGUUAUCCUGAGCCGUGAUUUUCUGCCUUUACUGUACACGAUAACUGAUCAAGGUUCAGAAAUGCCCAGUACACUGUUCACGUUGUUUCUACUUUCUAGUGUUUUAUUCUAUAUCUGCAUCUUAGUGAGGUGCUUAUAUUUCUUGUAUCCUUAUAUUUGUAAAUGUUGUUGAAUUGAAAGAAGCCAUUAGUUGGGAGAAUAGUUGGUUGAGAUGAAUUCACAGUGAGUGCACUGACAAUGGAUUUCUUUGGGAGCAAGUUAUAGAGUUCGAAGUCAUGAGUCUGUUAUAGGUUGAAAUUGUUUUGUCGUAACAUGUAUGAUGAAAUUCACACUUCCUAUUUUUGAACUACUAUCAAUAAUGCCUGAUAAUAUUGUGUUUU